AUGGAACUCCGCGCAUCUGCCUCGGAAACGGUUACAGAAUCUGGAGAGGAUGAAGCGGCGGACUCGGAGCCCUAUGGCGGCCAGCGUCUGCUGAUACCGCUGUUGUUUUAUGUUGGUUAUACCGUUAAUAUCUUUAUAUAUUUUGUUUAUGCCUGUUCGAUAUUCGAAUUGUUUGAUCGACUUCUUGAUCGAUUGGAGGCUUCGGGGUCUCUACACCUCCACUUCGCUCAACGACUUAUCAUAGAAGGCUUCCUGACAAUCUGCGUAUCAUUUUCAUGGUCUAGUUUAAUUACUCAGGGGUUCGAUGGUGACGCUUUCAGCCACGUACUCUACUGGCAUUACCGGCUCAUAAACACACGAGAGAUGUUAUCUCGUUUUUUUGGCUGUAUCAGUGCCGGUAGUUUAUAUGGCCUAUUAUUUUCUUCUCUGGCAAAAUCAACCGUAGUAACGGUCGAUAUGAGCCGCGAUUUGUAUGACCCUCCUCUGCGCGGCUGUACCAAUUGCAAGACUUUCACCGAGUUGUUUGUAAUACCAAUAUCACACGUAUCUUCCUUUUUCUCAGUUAUAUGGCAGCUUGCCGAAAAGCUGGGAUUACCCUUCCAUCUAGGUGAUACUGUACGCCGUAACGUGGUGUUACUGGAGAAUUUCGCCUUUGAGUUUUGGUGUUGCCUGGCUGUUUACCUCGUGGUAUCAGUGCGCAUUGUCGCUGAACGUUUCGCCGACUGUAGCGCGUUGCAUGUAGCGUUCAAACGUCUGGCUGCCUUUACUGCGAACACCUACUUACGUGAUAUGGACGGGUGGGUUUCGUUAGAUGCUUCAAUAUCAAUGCGUCGUUUCUUUGAUGACAGGAGUAAAUCGCUAUUAGUAGUGCGCAUUCUGGCGAAUUACCUUGCUGUUGUUGCUGCAGCCCGUACAUUCAAUCCGACACGUCGUCUGCGGCACUGCGACUUCGUUGAAAUCUAUGAGAACGUUCACGACCACAAAAAACGAUCGAUGCAGCCGAAAAAUGGCUCAUGUGGGCAUGUUUACACCGACUCCGUAGUUGAUAAAGACCUUCGGUUUACGCCUUUCCCCGAUACCCUCCUGGGUCGCUGGUUUACCCGGCGUGUCCAGGGGUUAUCCAAAGUCAAGGGGGAUUAA